AUGGCACUUUCAAAUCACUAUGUGUGUUUCUCCGGCUUCUGUGACGACGACGACGACGACGACGACGAAGACAGCAAUACUGACAGCGUCUCCGCAAGGGUGACCACAGAAGCGAAGGGUGGAGAAGCUACUAAGGCCUGGUCGCUGCAAGCAAUGCGGGUGCUCAGUGAAUCUUUGGGCGCCGUUGUGCAGACCCACAUUACGAGGCGCACUACGGUUCUCGUGGCAAGACAGGGUCUUACGCGGAAGCGGUUAGUGGCGGAGCAGCACGGCAUUCCUGUGGUCUCACCACGAUGGCUGGAGUCGCAUGGCAGCCUCGCCUUUGUCGAGGCAAAGGUGGCGCCUCUCUUUGGCUACACGUUCUGCGCGACACAAAUGACAACGGACGAGGAGAAGGCUCUCACCACCAUCGUCGAACGCAACGGGGGAAUUUUUGACCGCACACUCACUGAGCGCACGUCAAUGCUUUUCGUUCCACCGGGGUGGAUGCGGCAGUGGCAGCAGCAGCAGCGGCAGCGCAUGCGUGGACGUUCCUCUACUGGGCCACACGGAGAUGAACCACCGCCUAUCCUGCCAGAGAAGAUUUGCUUUGCGUGGGCAACGGAAAUUCCAGUCGUGGAGUAUCCUCGUUUUUUGUCCAUGGCGGCGUUGAGUAACUGCACCGGCGGCGAUGGUGUCAUGGCCCGUGUAGACUUUGACACCAUUGCGCGGCUCUGUGCGUUGCCGAUUUCGGUCGCCGGUGGACUUGUCCCUCAUACGCAGCGGGACGAACCCAGAGCAGCGCCUGCGGCCAACGAAACGGAGGAGCAGGAAGCCGUGGAGCAGCGUUAUGAUUGCGACCAUGCGGUAAAGCGACCUCGUGACACAGAUGAUGCGAGUGCCAUACGCGAAGACGCCGAACCACAGAGCAAGAAGAUGCGGCUAGUGCAAGGGAACGAGGGGGCCAGGAUGCAUGCAGCGGAUGCGCUGCGGGAUGCCGGUCCCCACGAGGAGACGACGGGUCCUCACAGUCCGAAGCAGUCGGUGUGGGCGGAGGAUGCAUUGGUGGUUCCGGGCUUGGCGGGUGCGGAGAACGAGCGGUCGCUGAGUUUGUUAGCCGCUGACGCUGCCGUCCCUCUGCCCGCGCACCACACGCGUCGUCCCCCACAAGCCCCGUCAUGCAAAGCGUCCGGGACGACGAAGGUGGAUUCGAACGACACCCCCUUUACUCUCACCUGCCCGUUCGUGCAGGUGGCGCUGCUGGGGUGUACAGCACGUGAGUUGGUUGACUGCAUACACAUGGUUGUGCACUGUCGCUUCAUGCGCACUCCUGUUGUCACGCCGUUUACUGACGUUGUCGUGGUGGGAAGCGAAUUCGCACCUGCGGCGCCGAGAGACAGUGGCACAACUGCCGGAAAGCAGACACCACCACAGCCGCUGCUGCAGCUGGAGCAGAGGGUUCAGCUGCUGGCGCAGUUACGAGAUCAUUUGACGCUCAGUUACGGCAUUCCCAUUGAACGCAUAGUGGAGGUGGAAUGGCUGCGGGCGUGCUAUCAGCGCAUGAUGCUUCAGCGCGUGCCGCCCGUCAUGAACAGGUCGCACGUCUCCUUUCUUCCUGCGCCCCUGCCAGUGCGUGAGAUUCCGCCCACGGCGAAGAUUCACCUGCAAUUCCCAUCUACCGUCUCCCUCUUCGCGCUGUCACAGCCACAGGGAAAGCAGGAAAAUGCGACAGCUGCUCGUUCUCCUUCGCCGCGGUUGCGGAAAAGGAAAGCCGCAGGGGCUCCGCAGCCGCAGCCCCAACUACAACGUCAGAGUACCCACAACCAACCACCACGUGAAAAUGGCGUGCCGGCAGUUGUUACUACCGAGCAAAAACAACACGAGGCGGAACUUCAGCUUGCGGCCCAGCGAGUUAAAAACCUUUUAGCCCUGCUGAACAAUGCAGCCGAAGAUGGUGAGGGGGAUACGGCGCCCCUUCUCCCCUGCCUGUUUUGCUUUGUGGAGACGGAGUUUUCUCGCAUCGACAUGGCUGUAGUGCGCACCCUUAUCAAGCACGGCAAAGGCGCCUGGCUAAAGAAGACGAGGAGCGAUUGGGUCAAAACAUUAACCCGUACUUCCACCACGGCGGCGCUGGAGGAAAGUCAAGCAGGGGAUAAUGAGUACACAGAGCUUGUGCGGCGUCACAGCGUGCUGCGCAAGCGACUUUGUCGAAUGCAAACUUAUGAUGCUGAGGCAGAGGAGGCGCCAAUGCGAGUGUCUGUGGAUGGACGCCGUAGCCGAAAGCCAGCGUCGUCGAACUUAACUAGGCACACCCCCACCUUUGCUCUGUACGUUGUGCCGCACGGAGACCAACGCCCUGCGGAGAGUCUGCUUCGAAGUGAAAGCCAACGAGUCACAGUGACGCAGCGACAUCCACUGCGUUACCUGCCUGCCGUGACGCAAGACUAUGUUCUGUGCUGCUUGGCCGCUGAACGUCUGCUGCAUCCCGGGAGUUGUUUCCUUUUUAGUUGGCCGAUGCCCACAGAGGCGGAAGGACUCGCACGGCGGCGACGCCGAAGCGAAUCUGGGAAACCGCUAGCUGCGUCCCCGUGGGUCGGACCACGCCGGCACGAGAAGGCACCUCUCAUUGGCGUCUCUGUCUAUUUUCUCUGUGCCAUGGCGGGUGAGGUGAGCGCUGCUCUAGCGGCGCUGCGCCGUGUCAUGGUAAGUUGUCUCACAGCCGCCGUCAGUGAGUUGGGCGGCCACGGCACUGAGAUGCUGCUGCAGGACACCGUGACACAUGUGGUGGUGGUCGACGUAGCGUCUGUGUUUGAAUCUACGCUUCUACCAGAUAUUACCAUGGAUAGCGCAACACCGUGGUUUAGGGCUGAGGAAAGUGAAGAGAGGGAACGGGAAGAGCUACUCUCGCGCCACUCCAUAUGGCCUCAUGCGCUGCAGGAUCAGUUACCAGAGGGUCUCGUGGAACACGUUGUGAAGGGGCGAAUCUCGCUGGUGGGUCUGGAGUGGCUGCACGCCAGUGUGGCAUGGGGCCUUUUUCUUGAUGAGGCGGCAUAUACUCUGGCGGUGGCGCAGCAGCAGCAACAAAAAUCAAAUGAGGUGGCCUUCUCCACCAUAACACCAUUGAUGUCCCCGCAGCGGCGUGCCGCCGCCGCCGAUGCCACGCAUCUCCCAUUUGAAGCCAUCACAAGGACCAUCGCAAGUAAAGACACGACGCUAUCACCGCAGCCAGGCGCGGGUUACCAGUUUGAUUUCUCAACUCCCACCGCCACACCAGUUCGUCCCCGCCCGCAGAGGGACGUACUGAGCGAGUGCAACACCAGCGUGUUACGGCAGAGCUGUCCGCGGUCGACGUUGCGAACCCCUCGACGACAACGCAUCAGUGUACCCCGCACAAUUUCACCCGCCGUCGUGCUAGGGGGAGAAACAGUUCCUGCGGAGGACCGAAGCUCCUCCAGUAAAUCCGAGACAGCGACAACGCUGCAAAACCCAGAAGUGAAGACUGUCGAAAGGCACGCGUGCACCUCCGUCCCAAAAACACGUAUCCUCGGUGAGGACGAUGUCGAGGACGUGGACAGCAGCAGUGAGCAUGAGCAGAGUGUAAGGAAGUGCCCCGGCCAGCUCCAUGGAGGAGGUAAAAACAUCACGGUGGCUAUGGUCAUGCCGCCACAAUGGGACCCUGAGGCGAGCAGCAACAGUUGCAUUGGCCCACAGCCCCCACAGGCUCCGCCACUUUUGUGGGGAGUCACUGAUUCAGAUAAUUUUUUGCCAUUGCGCCGGCCAGUUUUUACUGGCGGACUUCGGAUUCACAUUGUUCACGAUAUGCCCGAAAGAAAACGGCUCAUAGCAUUCUGCGCAAGACUUAGUGAUUCUGCAUUCAGUGGUAGUGGUAUUAUCUGUAACGAUGGUGAAAGCAACAGCAGUCAAAGUUGCAUGUCCGCGACAUCGGAUAAUUUAAGGCAGAAACAUCUUCCACGUCAUACAAACAUGGCCGGUGUUGGCAUUCGUUUGCAGUUGGUCGGGCCUUCUGUUCGAGACGCUGACGUACUUGUCACGCACCAACUGACACAGCGAGAAAGCGUCCUUGCUGCCAUCGCUGCCGGUCUGUGGGUGGUGACACCGAAGGCGUUGCAGGACUGUGAGGCGCGUCAGUGCUUUCUCCCCUUACGUGACUUGUCCGUGUACGAGUGGUGCCCGGAGCUGCUGCCGCCAGGGUCGCCUCGCACCAGUGUCCAGCUCGCCCACCAGUGUCGGAGCCGCCGCCAGCAGCGACAGGCGACUGGAACCCGCCUAUUUGAGGGCAAGUGGUUUAUUAUUGUUUCUCCAUCCACUUCCGUUGGGGCAGCGCGGGCGCGCUCGAUGCGAAACGUGCUGGAAACAGGCGGUGGCGUGGUGGCGUGGGCCACCUGCGACUUGGGCAACCCUGGCGAACCAUCAGCAAAUGCUGUGAGAACCGAAUCAUUGCCCUGCGACGCGGCUAAGCACCAAUCUACGCGGUGCUCAGACACAACGGCGAGCGAACCUACCUCCGUGUCGUCUGCCGCAGCGCUGCUUGAAAUUGUUGCGUCACAGAUACGGGGCCGGGAGGAGGACUGCAUCCAGGGCGAGGAGGAGAGUACGCCUGACGGCGCGGCGCAGUCCACCCCAUUGCCUGUGAAGGAGCUCAUUUUGCUGCUAGAUGGAUUUCUUCAGGACGAUACAGCAAAGCAAUGGGUGCAGGACAUCGUAGCGGCGUUUCCUCACGCGCAGGCCUCUUUUGCUGAGGCGAAGCGACAGGCGUGUGCACGGAGGCGGCGCAGGCAGGGUGAGCAGUGCUCCCAAUAUCGGCCGUGGGAGCUCCCAGGAGUGGGGGGUGCGGUGAGGGGGGUGGGUGCACGGAGCAACGGGGCCACGGUGUGGCCACCGACGGGGCCGCCCUCGUCACCCCACGCUUUUUCCGGCGUUGGUGUCUCCCCCGCGGCUGGAUGCGGAGAAGAGGAAGAGCAACGUUGCGUGUGGCAUGCCAUUUGUAGAGGAUGUUCGCGUCUUUGCGUCGGACUGGGUGACGCUGACGAUUCAGCAGCGGCGGAAGGCGCCCCUGUGCGUCGUGGAGCUUCCCCCUUAAACCCACGUGCCUCUUGGACUGUCCUCGUCGCUGGUGGUGCCAGCGUGUGUGGCUGCGACGGUGGCGGUGUGUGGUGA